GCCAAGUCAACUCCGCAAGAAUUGAAACUCAGCGUAUCGUACUUCUAUCGAGAUGACGAUACUCGGCGGCUGUUAACGGCAGAAGACGCAACGCAGCUGAAUGUCGUGAACGAUGACGAGUUCUACUCAAGAGGAGAAAAGUUCUAUGAGUGCUAUGUCUGCCACUCUUACUGGCAAAUGUCACGCUCAUCAUUGUUGGCCCUCCUACUCUUUUGCACCCUGGCUGUUGCCGUCGUAAUGGUGGCAAUUGUUCUCUUAUGCACAUUUGCGUCGCUGGCUUCCGACUUCAAGGAGGAGUCAGAUGCAGAGGUUGUUGGAGUGAUCAACUGGCUGCAUUAUCCUAUUGGGGAUUUGUCGUUGAGAAGAUUAAAUCAUACGCAUGUUCAUCAUGUUCAUCACUGACGUUGUAAUCCAUACUGAUUUAACUUACCUAGAAAAGGUGCACUGUGACAUGUGAGAUUUCCACAGUUUCAGGAAUUUUGUAGAUAAUGUGUUCCAUGUUUUUGUAGUUAUGGGGUCUCACUUCAGUUUGUUCUUCCUUUUGAUCUCACCUUAUGAUCUUGCCGCGAUAAUUUUUGUAGUACGGGC